AUGCUCAUUGCAGAACUUGUACAAGGCCUCGUCAACGAGGCAACUCACCGACCGACCGAGUUCCUCGCCAAAUUUCUGGGCGUCGCGGUGUUGGUGUACUUCAUCGCAAACGAAGUCGUCAGAUCGAAAGCCCGCCUGCCCGCUUGGCAUGGCCCAAAGGGACUCCCCGUUAUAGGGAACCUGCACCAGCUUGGCGGCAAUGCCUCACAGGUGUACAAGGACUGGGCCAAGGAGUUUGGUGCCGUUUAUCAGGUCCAGCUAGGCAACCUCCCUGUUUUGGUUGUGAACACGGCUGCUGCGGCCAAGGUCAUGUUUGGAAACAACUCGCAAGCGACUGCCUCACGACCGGAGCUCUACACUUUCCACAAGAUCGUUGCCAACACUGCUGGCACCACCAUUGGCACAUCUCCCUACAAUGAGUCUCUCAAGAGAAGAAGAAAGGGCGCAGCAUCCGCUCUCAACCGCCCAUCCAUUGAGACUUACAUCCCCCACCUGGAUCUCGAGACGAGAGACUUCCUCAAGGACGCUCUCAACUACGGCAAGGCAGGCAAAGUCACAGUCGACCCCCUGCCCCUGGUCCAGAGACUCAGCUUGUCACUGGCAGUCACACUGAACUGGGGCAUGCGAUUCCCCAGCCACGACGACGGACUCUUCAAGGAAAUCACGACGGUCGAGGGCGAGAUCAGCCGCACCAGGAGCGUCACGGACAACAUGCAGGACUACAUUCCCCUCCUCCGCUACAACCCCUUCUCGGCAGGAAAGCGCCACGCCGUAGAGAUGAGAAUCCGCCGCGACAAGUACCUGUCCAAGCUCAACGGCGACCUGGAGGAGAAGAUUCGCAACGGAACGCAUGAGCCGUGUAUCCAGGCCAACGUUAUGCUCGAUGAGGAGGCGAAGCUCAACAACGUCGAGUUGACAUCGAUCAGUCUCACCAUGCUUUCUGCCGGCUUCGAGACGUUUACUGCGGUAUCGACGUGGGGUAUUGGAUUCUUGGCGACGCACCCCGAGAUUCAGCAAAAGGCCUUCGAGGCGAUUAGGAAGACGUACGAUGAGGGAAACCCGUUGUGUGAUGCACGCGAUGACCAGACUAUCCCCUACCUCCGCGCGUUGGUUCGCGAAUGCUUGAGGUAUGAAUUGGACGCGACACUCUUGACCAUCUGCGACAUUUGGCUGACUUUCUUGCUCAGAUUCUUCACUGUCCUCCGCCUCUCAUUGCCUCGUGCCACGAACAAGGAGUUCAUGUACGAGGGCAAGCUGGUACCAAAGGGCACCGUAGUUUUCUUGAACUCUUGGGCUUGCAACAUGGACGGCGACCUCUGGCACGACCCCGAGGUCUUCCGCCCCGAGCGCUGGCUGGAGAACCCCGAAGCACCCAUGUUCACCUACGGCAUGGGCUACCGCAUGUGUGCCGGAACCAUGCUGGCCAACCGCGAACUGUACAUCACCUUCCUCCGCAUGUUGGCCAGCUUCGAGCUGUCGUCGACGGACAAGAUCGACACCGAUCCCAUCACCGGCGCUGCUGAUUUGACCAACCUGAUUAUCACACCGGGCUCCUACAAGGUCACCUUCACUCCUCGCAACGAGUCGGCCCUGAGAGCCGCUCUGGAGACUGAGGUCGUGCACUGA